GGGCGGCGGCGGCCGUGUCUUUGCGGGGCUUCGGGGGCGGGAGCAGAGAGAGGCCUCGCACGGCCUGGGCGGGCCCCGGAGGGAGGUGUCAAGCGUGGCACUGUCUUACAUAUUUUUAUCCCAUCCCACACUAUCCGCUCCAAGAGGCUGUAAUGGUGGGAAUAGUAGACUUAAGCUUGCACCUGCAACUGGAGAGACUAUUCUCGAAGAGAGACUAUCCUUCCAUGAAGAGAUGCCCACCUUCCUGAUCCAACUGUUUUGGGAGAAAAAAAGCACUCGGAAUGUUUUUUCUACUGAAUCUGCUCUUUCCAUGAGAAGCCAAUAGUUAUGGACGCAGGAGUUGAGGUCAAACUGAUGGGACAGCAUCACCUGUAAGAUGCUGGAUGGCCAGUAACGAAUGCAGAACUUUCAGAUUGAAAGAGACAGAGUUGAGGCUCUUGGUUGUGAGCAGGCAUGGGGAUUUCUAUAUCAUCACACAAAAAUACUCAUGUUUAAAAGAGUGGACACAGCCUUGUGAAGUCUUGCACCUACUGCUUCUCACUGGGUAAUCAGUUUGGAAUGGACAAGUCCACUGAGGGAGAGCAGUGACUGAGGUCUGCAAGACCAUCUUCCAAACCAUCUUUCUUUGAAUAACUCAGAUUGGAGUUAUUGGCAGAAUCUUCCAGGCCUUUGCUCUCUAUGAGAUUCUGAGCUGUCCCAAGACUUCUAAUGGGAUCCACAUUCCAAUCCAGUGACAAAUACAGCUAUUAUAAACUGCAAGGACUAUGAGGCCCUUUGUAUGGAGGUCUUGAGGAACAAUAAGGUAGAAUUUUUAACAACUUGGUAGACUUCAAUGUAUGGUCAUGAAAGAUGCCUGUGUCUUCUACAAGCUUUAGAAAGAGGAAGGUGAUUUUUUUUUUCCUUACAGGGAGAAGCUCAUUCAUGGCAUUUGGGUAACUCUCUGCUUUGUGGAGUAUACCGAAUACUUUCUGUACCACCAAGGCCAAACCUUGACAGUGGUAAACCCCAUGCCUAUUUUAACCACGUCCUUAUUUCUUGUAGGGUGGAAGUGGAGUGUGCAAGUGGUCAUCCCACUGCAAGAUCUGGAUUGCCUCAUGAUCUGGUUUCCUCAUGAUGUUUACUGAUGAUUUGUCAUCAGAUUGCAUGUUUGCUCCCCGCACUGAUGGAAUUAACCUUCUGGGGAGUAAAGUCAGAUCCUUUUCUGUAUGAGCUCAGCUUUUUAUGUCUAGAAGGGCUGUCUUAGCCAAGGCUUUGUAUGGUGCUGCUCCUGGGCAUCUUUUGAAUCUCUCUCUGUAACCUUAGUUGCUUCAUGUGUUUAUUGUAUGUUACACCUAAUGCUUUGUUCAGAUCAGGUCUGCAUUCUUUUUCUCUGGCAGGCACUGUACUUCAUUCAUAUGCUCUGUUCUUUGUUUUUCAGGGUCAAGUUGUAAUUCCUCGGUGCUCAGUACAUGCCUGGCAUAGAUGUUGAUAGGCUGCUUCUGCUUUAUCUUCAUUAUGUCCAUCCUGAAAUUUUGUCUUUGACGCUUUUUAGGAGUUUCUGAAUUGCUGGAUUCAUGGUUGUUGAUUGCCUUUAUCUGUCACUCUCCUUCUGCUGCUGUAAACUUCGACUUUAAGCCUGAAAGUCUCUCUAAAAUGUGAUUCAGUUUACUGUGGAGCACUUCAGUCCCCAAAAUGAUGUGCAGAUCAUUCAAACCCAGUGGUAUCUACUGAAGGAUUUCAAAGAGAUUUUCAGGAGUGUCACAGGUUGUAUCUAAAGAAAAUACGAAAGAUGUAUUCAUUUCUGAGUUCAGGUUGGUGUCUGAUUCUUGAAAUAUGUCCUCAUCUUCUCUUAGGAGCUGGAUGGGGUCCACAGUGUCAAUUCUGCCUCUCUUUUGUGCUGAGAAUACCUGUGGUGGUUGUUGAACUGAAAAAAUCUCUAUGGUUUCCUUUUACUUAUGGGGAGAAGAGCACCUAAGGACCAACAAGUUCAUUUUCUUAUGCUGUAGCUUUCUUACUGACAGUUUGCAUCGUCUCACUAGCUUAUUAUAGCACCUGAUAACUUCUCUCUCAUCUAGUAUUGGUACCUCAAAGUGUUGCAGUCUGGUGUUGCCUCUUGUUCUUCAGUAGUAGGUAUUGACGUUCGGAGCCCUGCCUCGAACCUUUUAGGUGUCUUUGCUGAUUGAAAGCAUUUCUGUAGAGUGAGCUAUGUCCCAAAGAUGUUAAUGAGUCUCCAGAAUUAGAGACCAAAAUUGGGUUUCUAAGCUAUGUGAUGUAUUGGAAACAAUAGCAUAUGCGAUUUUUUUGUUGUUUAUCAUUUCAUAUGCCUCACUGUUCCUGUAGGAGGUUGUCGUUGGCCAGCAGUUUGCACUGCUAAGGCUGCUGCACUCUAGACCAUAUAGAGGCUCCUGUAGAGUGCCACAAGGCUGUGCCGAGGCAGGCAGCAUCCAAGCAGCUGUGACUGCAAUGCGGGCUAAGAGGGUGAGAGCAUGAGAGAGUUUGUUUUCUUCCCAGAUUUCCUUAUUUGAAGGUUCAUUGUUCUAAUUCUGGUUCUUAUAAAACCUGGCGUUUGGAACUCAGACACCAUUGCCCUGGUUUCGGUGUUUGCUGCAAGGAGAAAGUGCAGGCAGGUCUCCUCUAGGCAGCCGGCAUCCUGCCAUGGUACAUUUCUGUGUCUGCAGCUGACCACAGGGCAGGGACAAGGGGAAAAUGGUAUUGGUGAAGUUCUGUCCUUUCUCAGAAGCACUUUUUUUGGUUGUACCAGUGAAGCAGUUGUAUCAGUUAUUAUGAUGCUUCAGAUAAUGAUAGGUCAACACAUGUUCAGCUCCUCCUGAGAUACCCUCCAUUUCAUUUUCUUUUAUUUCCCGUGGCCAGCCCUGUAUACAGCCUGACCAUUUUUAUGUAACUUCCAUGUUUUAUUUCUCUUUGCAAGACCGGAAAGUCAGCUUUUAUACUAGAUCCUAGUCCCUCCAGGCUUCCUGCUUUCUCUGAGUACUUUUUAAUUUUGUUUUCUUUCUUGCUCAGCAGACUUUAGCAGACUGACCUCAGUGCAUGUACUAUGUAUUAAGUACAACAAUAAAAAGGAUUCUGUAUUUGUUAAGCCAAACUGGGUCCCUGUGAGCAGAACUAUCUUACAGCAUUGCAACUAGCCAGCUUUCUUCACACACGUAUGGAUUCAUUCCUGCAUCAAGCUAAUAGGAGUGUGGUGCUGAAAGUGUUCACGAAGCCAUCAUCACAUGCAUGCUCUGUAACCGCUUUAAUAACCUGAAUUUCCAUCUUAAAGCAGGUAGGUUUUCUGGAAAGUUUUCCCAGAAUCUGGUUGGUCCAGUGGUUAAAAAUCUUAUUUCUAGCCGUGGACAAUCUGUAACCAUUAUUUGGAAUGUCCUCGCUUCCCUCACCCUCGUCUUCCAGUGUAUUUGUAGAAAGUAAUGUGUUCCCUUUCAUAAGCUCUCCUUUGUAGCCGUGCCCUGCAUCAGAUCCAGUUUGAACUCACCUUUCUUGAAGAGGCUGACCAGCGCUAUAGGCAGAAUUCCAGGAUGUGGGCUCCUCCCCUUAAACUCAGAAAAGACUUAAAGCAGGCAGCUGUGCCACCUGGAUGACCAUCCCCUCCUCUCCUGCAAGGCUGGCUUUGCGCCCCUAUCUGCCGAUACGUACAAAUUCUGAUUCCUGCUUCUUGCUGUGCCGUGCGGAGAAGUGGAUCCACCCUCGGGCUGUCAUUUCCUGGCACUGGUGGUCUUCCCGACUGCUCAGGAAUGGAGAAGGUGGUUGUUUGUCCAUACAAAAGGCCCAAUGCUCUCUAUAGGCUGAUUUGCUUUCCGUGGGCUGGAGGUGGAACUUCUCAACUUGCUCAAUGGGGCAAACUCUUCAGCAGCUCAGUUGAAGUGUCCUCUGUAAGGCUUCCUGGAAGAGAAUCUCGUCAUAAGGAGCCUUUUGCGAAAGACAUGGCAACCGUAGUUAAUGAAAUUACAAGUGCUUUGUUAAAAGAACUGCAAGAAAAACCAUUUGCGUUUUUUGGUCACAGUUUUGGAUCUUACAUUAGUUUUGCAGUUGCACUGCACUUGAAAGAGAAGUAUGGACUAGAGCCGUUCCAUCUUUUUCUGUCAGGGGCACAUGCCCCACACUCUGAAGCAUUUCUUCCCAUCAAAACGGUAUCCAUCUCUGAUACAAAAGAUGAGGAUGUUCUUAAGUAUAUAGAAAUUUUAGGAGGAACUCCUUCAGAGCUUCUGCAAAAUGAAGACGUUAAGGAACAUCUGAUACUUACUUUCAGAGAAGACCUUAGAGUUCUUCAGACAUUGUCUUUUGAGAAGGCAGAAAGGAAUAUCCCCUUCUCUUGCGAUAUCACCUGCUUUAAUGGGUCUGAAGAUAAAUCACAUGAUGUAGAAGCCUGGCACGAUCUAACAAGUGGAGAUAUUUCCUUUUACGAGCUUCCUGGAGGUCACUUUUAUCUGCUGGAACCCUCUAAUGAAAUUUUCUUGACAAAGCACAUAACAAAAUGUAUAGAAAAUGCUGGUCUAUGAGUAUUUCCCUCUAUUUUAAUGGCAGAAGGUGUAAGAUUAGUCCAAAGCACUUCAUAGUAAGUCAUUCUUUCUGUACAACUGCAGGUAGUCAUGCCUAAGAGUUGCUCUGUUCCUCCAGAUCUUUGUAAUCAUUUAAAAGGGAGAGUUUUUCUGAUUAUUUUUUUUUAAAUAAACAUUGGCUUCGGUUCUUAAAAAAGUUUUUGUCUUUUCCCUCUUCUCAUCUUGGAUGUGCACAAACUACAUUCCAUAACCUCAUUUGCAAAACAUGACAGGUAUAUUAUUUUACUUUUUAGAGUUUCUCUGUUUAUGUGCUCCUGUAAAAAUGCUAAA